UCUGGGUCGUUGGGGGAGGUUUGUCGUGUACCCCUCGCAAUUGGUGAGCAAUGGCAUUCGUGUGGAUAUGCUGUCGUUAGGGUUUGAAUGACACUUCUCACACGGGUCUUUUCAAGGUUGGAAAUACCUGCUGGUCGGUUUGGAUUAAGCUGGGUUCUGAAGUGCCUACUGCGGGGCCUAGCUGCUGAAGCUUGGAGUAGGGUAGAGGCUUGAAGGCAGUCGUUGUUGCGGGGGCUUGUUGUGUUUUGGGUUUCUUUUAUUCUCUAUAAUCCGGGGAGGUCGGGGUUGGGUGCCAUGGUUGGCUGGAUUUUCUUAUUUUCCAUUGGAUCAUAAAGGUAUGUGUGCUGCAACGUCAUGCACACAAAUCUAUUGGAGUGCAUUAAUUGUGACUUUUGGCUAUGCUGGUUCAGCACUGGAUCUUUACUGGUCUAAUAUGUCCAUUUGACGGUCUCCCUAUGUUCCAUUAUUAUGUUCCCGGCAGCUGCUAAACGGUUAAGAGUUAAGUGUCCUGUUUUGAAUGGGGAACCUUGGUGGAUUGGUUUAGUAUAUUCAGUAGAAUUGGACUUACAGGGCAAGGCAGGGACGCAUCCUUGGUUGUCAGUCGUGGAAGGUAACCUAGGUGCUUUACAUGGUUGGUGCCACAGCUCUGCGGUGCGUAAGAGUUGGAUGGAUGGGAGAUGCAUGGUUCUUUCUUCAUGAGCGGAAGGAGAAUGCCGGUUUCCAUUAGAGUCCGUAAUGGUUGGAGAAAGACACCCAGUAGUAGGGGGAGGGUGAUGUAUGGUGGACGGACGGGAGAUGCAUGGUUCUUUCGUCAUGAGCGGAAGGAGAAUGCCGGUMUCCAUUAGAGUCCGUAAUGGUUGGAGAAAGACACCCAGUAGUAGGGGGAGGGUGAUGUAUGGUGGGCAAGGGCGAAUGGGUAGCGGAAAUAUGUAAUGGAUUCCCCUUUUCAGCUUUUUUGACCAUCUGGUAGAUUGAUCCUGGAGGUCUGGGUGGUUGGUUGUGUACUUCAUGCUGUUCUUGUAAUACACUCGCUCGUUUUACUGUUGCUGUUUUUCUAGAAAACCUGAUUUUGCUGUAUGAGUCUGCUGACGUGAGUGAGAUUGCCUUUAGCAAUUACAUGAAGCGAAGCAUUGAGAAGCGAUUUUUUGCUGUAUGAAUCUGCCAAACCUUAAUACUUGACUUUUGGCUAUUCCAUUUGACUUUUGAACUAUUGAAUAAUGGAAUGACUGGUACGAUGUGGCUUCUAGUGUGCGCGAGGUUUUAAGUCCGAGGGCGUCCUUUAUACAUCAGCGUGGUUAGGUGAGAUAAUGGUCUGUUGAAGGGUGUGUUAUGUGGAAGUGGCCAUCGCUUCUUGGAACAGGCCGUCUCCUUAUGGCUCUGCUCCUGUGCGAGGUCUUGUGGUUGGUGCAGGAUUCAGAUUCAGGUAGACCAAUUUUUUUCUUCUUCUUCUUCUAUGGUCGUACCCUACUGAUAUCUCUGAAGAAAUGUCCGUACAAGAAUACUCCCCUUUUAUUCUACUUUGUAGAGAUAUUCUGUCUAGAGUGUGUUUGUGUUUGUGUUUGCUAGUGGAAUUGUUUUGCAUAAGGUUGCUUACCCUUUGUUUUCUUUUAGCUGUGAUGAAGAUGUAGACGGUCGGGGCUCUACCAACUGACCGUGUGGAUGGAGGGUGGGCACACUUUCCAUGAUAGGGUUUACUCCAAGGACGAGCAGUCCGUUGUUCCAUGUGGCACAAAGCCGCACAAGUGAUUGAUGCACUUUAUAUUGCAGGAUGGACGAAUGAGGGGAGAGGCUUGUCCUUUAUCUGUGCAGGGUGUUGUAAUAUGCUAAUCUGAUUUGUAAGGAUGUGUUUUAUGCGUGAUCCUUGACAUAUUUGGAAUUCAUGUGCGAUCACCAGUUCUGUCCGGCGUGUGAUGUGGACACUGGGAACCUCCCUCCCUCCUUGUUUGUGUGUGUUUCGUAUUGCAGAGCCUGGGGCUCUCAAAAAAGUCGCGAAUGGUGCUCUGCUGGUGUGAGAGGCGGGAGAUCUUGCUGUUUGUGGAAGAUUGAGGCCUAUUGGAGGCAGCAGCCAUAGACGCAUCCAUGGUUCGAUGGAGAGUCUUCUUCCGGAAGGGUGAGUGGAAUUGCGAGGACGCUUGCUGACGAUUAUGUUGAUUGUUGGGGGAAGAUAUAAUUUCGAAGAUAAUUUUAGGAAGAUAGUUUUGGGAAGAUAAUCUUGAAAAUAAUUUUGGGAAGAUUAUCUUGAAGAUAAUGUUGAAGUCGAUUUUGAUGCUCUUCAGUGAUCACUGAUGUAUGUAGGAGAUGUGUUAGCUGAGAAAUCCUGACUGUCGCAUUUGUAAACCUGGACGCAACUGCUAUGUGAGAGAUGUCAUCGGAAAGGACACUGCCAGGUGGGAAUGCUUUUGCAACCGUGGAAUCUGAAGCUCCCUCGCAAUUGCAGCCAAUCAACGCAGUGCUAGUGCCCUCCGUAGGGGCAGGUAAGGAUUAUUCUUGCACGCCAUGCUAUGGGGAAGUUUUGCAGCGUAGGAUUAUUCUUGGAGAUGAUGAACAGCUUCAGCCUGGAAGUUUUUCCUAUGCUGUGAGAUAUACGAGUUUGGUUGCGUUCACACCGACGGUAUGAUCUGGGAUUAGGUCAGUGAUUGCGGGAGUAGUAAACUGCUGUCUGUGGCAAUUGCAUGAAGUGUUCUUACCGUCUUAUGGUGGACAUGGGCCACUCACGCUAUGCUGUGCUCGUGCCGGAGCGCUGCGACUUCUGUGUGAAUGUUUGGUGAGGCAGGAAUUACGAUGUAAACAUGGAGGAGGUGAAUGCUCGUGCCAUUUUGUGGCCUGCGCUAAUGGCCACUCCCUGCUGUAUGUAAUGGAUUUGAAUUUGCUAGGUUGAGGCCCUGUUUGGUACGCUUUGAUGAAAUUUCGUGGACGGUGUCCUGUCUUAGGAGGCAAAUGCUUUACACAGCGGCUUGUUGGAUGGAUAGCUUAGUAUGCGUCACACACAUGUUAGCACAGCCCGACUGCGGUAAAUCAAACCGACCGUGAGUCAAACCACGACCACCACCUGAUUGAUGAUCAGCCACUGUACGGUGACAUUUUGAAUUUAUGCUGGCUGAUGGUGUGUGGAUCACCUUGAAAUUUUGCGGCACCCAUGCCCGCUCUGAACACUGAUUGUGGAGUUAGUGGAGCUCCAUGAAAUUUGUUAGGAUGUGGUUUGCAUGUUCGCCUCACCUCUGGCGUUUGUUCCAUGGGUGGGAACUCCAGAUACGAGUCUACUGUGGACUGCUUUUCCAUGCUAGAAGGUGCUUUUUUUUGUUAUUAUUAGGAUUAUUAGGAUACAGCGGUUAUGACUGGGUGUUAUAUUCGGGUGGAGGCUGGUACGGUUGGUGGCUAUAGUGCAGAGUCCGUUUGUUGGUUAUUGUAUACCCGUCUUCACCUGAAUAGAAUGCCCAGUCAUUAUUAGGAUACAGCGGUUAUGACUGGGUGUUAUAUUCGGGUGGAGGAGGGUUCUGGUUGUAUUUGCCUCGUGGGGACGAGACACAGUGAGGCAUGAAUCGCAGUCUGACGUUGUCUGUCUGGGGUUGUUGAAUUGUCAUAAUUGAAGAGGAAGCAGCAGGACUCGUGCGCACCGUGAGC